AUGCAUAAAAACGAGUUUGCAGAUAAUUGCGUAAUUGAGCAGCCUGCAACGUGUGAAGAAAGAUGUGAAAGCAGAGAAAAGUGCAUUCCAGAGGGAUCCUUCCUAGAGCAGCUGACUAUUGCACAAAAAGCUGUAAUAGAGAGCAAAUGGAGACUAAGAAACGCCGAUCUUCCAAAAAACAGCAUAGUACAAGAGACAGCGUUGUAUAAAAAAGCAGUGAUGCAAUACCCUGUUAGAGCACAAGAAAGAAUAAAAACAGAGGUGCUAGACAAAGACAAGAAGUAUUUUAACUUUGAGUAUUUCAACACUGUGCAAUCCUUAGUGCUGGGGACAUUAUAUGAUACGCGCGAAAAUGCUCUUAUUUCAUCUCCUACCGGCACAGGAAAGACAGAGUUGGCAAUUCUGGCUAUUCUCCGAGAGCUUAGGGAAUUUGGAGAAAGAUGCUCUAUUGUGGUUCUUGCCCCUACAAAGCCACUUAUAGCAGGCCUAGAGUCUACUUUAAGAAGUAGGUUUGCAGAUGUCUUAUCUGUGGCACAGGAUACAACAGACAUGGAUAGGAGUGCUUACGGGUACAAUACUUGCCAUGCAAAUAUUCUUGUAACAACCCCUGAGCGGUAUGACAUACUUACAAUGAAGCAGAAAAUAUCUCCAUCUCUUCUGAUUAUUGACGAAAUUCAUAUCUUAGGGGAAAGUAGAGGUGCUGUAUUAGAGAGUGUUAUAAUACGCAGUAAGCCCAUGCCGAACAUCCGAAUAGUCGGGAUAAGUGCAACCAUACCAAACUACAAAGAUAUAGCAAGCUUUAUCAAUGCAAAGGAAGAGCACUCUUACUACUUUAACUAUUCUUUUAAGGAUGUUCCUCUGACUUACACUGUAAUAGGCAUGAAAAACACAGAGAGCGCCAAUGCAGACACGAAUAGUCUACAGAUUUUGCAUGAAACAGUUAAAGAAGUGCGUGGAAAGGGAGGUACUCUGGUGUUUAUAAAUAGCAGAAAAAAAUGCGAUGAAAUAUCUGAAUGGCUGAGAGAACAGAUAAUAGAAGAAAAAGCCAAUCAAAGUCAGCCACCGUGCAAAAACGAUAUGCUUUUCAGAAUAACCAGCUCAUUAGAGCCAAUUAUGCCGCGCUGUGCAAAAGAUAGAAAUAGGUUUAUAUCUGAACUUCAAGAGAGAGUAGAGCUAUUCUCAAGUGGAAUUGGUGUGCAUCACGCAGGAAUGUCUAAAGAGAUGCGAAGUGCUGUAGAGUUUCUUUUUAAGCUGGGAAGUAUUAGCAUUAUAUGCUGUACAGGCACCUUGGCGUGUGGAGUCAACCUACCUGUUAGCAAUGUAAUUGUGUAUAAAACAAGCAAGUCCACAGGAGGGCAGGCAUAUACUUUGUCAGAGGUGGCGCAGAUGAAUGGUAGGGCUGGGCGAAGAGGGCUGUCCAAAGAAGGAUCUGCUGUGGUUAUAACAGACAUAGACAUGCUAGCAGAAUACAGCAAGGCCAUCACCUUCCAGUUUCCAAUUGAAAGCAGAUCUGGAGAGUUUCUUGCCACUCGAAUACUAUAUGAAAUAGCAAUGACCAAGGAAAGAAACAGGUGCAGGUCUACGCAGAAAUGUGCCAGUCUAAGUGGUGUGCGCAGUAAACAUGCUUCUAUGCAGGGACUAAGCAUUGCAGAGAUUGUUGCCUGGGUCCAAAAAACAUACGGAUACCAAAGAGGGGUUAAAAAUGAAGAAACAAAAGAGUACUUUGUGCACACAGCCCAACUAGUAAUAGAGGUAGUUAACCAACUAUGCAGAAAGGGAAUGGUCACAAUAAAUAGAGAAGGGGCCCAAGAUAGUUUUGUGUGCAUCCAUGGCGGUGUUUCUGAUAUAUGGGUCACUUCUACAGAGCUGGGUGACAUUUGCUAUAUAUACUAUUUAACUCCUACGACAGUCCAUGCGAUCUACAAAGUAUUUACAGAUGUCUCAGAUUUUGAUCUAGACAUUGAUUUAGGCGAUAUUCUUCUACUCAUGAGCACAGUGGAUGACUAUAAAGAUAUAGAAAAAGACAGUUAUAAGCUGCUUACAGCGCAUUCUGCAGACCAUGCACCACAAAACGGCAAUGGUUCUAGCUCUACUAAUAUAGCGAGCAGCUUAAAGUAUCCUAUUCGUAUGAAAACAAGCAUAGUUGCCCAAAUAAUUGAGCGCGCAUCAAGAAGGCAGAUUAAUCCAGUAGUAUCUAUACUUGUACAGGCGCAUAUUGAAGCCCGCCCUAUUGAUAUAGAGUUGUAUCCAGCAUAUACAAAGGUGCUAAUUAGUAUGGAUAGAAUAGCAGAGGGCCUUUUUGGCAUUGGCAGAAUAGCGCUCAACCGGUCACUAUUUGCAGUGGUUGACCUGAUGAAGAGCAUAAAUCUAAGAGAGUGGAGACACACAACCGCAAGAAAACCACUAGAGAUUUCUCUGUCAGUAGAGGGACAGACACUGGUGCUUCAUAAUCCCUCAAAGGAUAAAAUAUUUGUGACUGUGUCACUAGAAGGCACUAAAAUCUUUAUACAUAAAGAUAUCACUAGAAGAAAUGUCUAUAAAUACAAUUUGCCUGAUAAAGACACUCUCUAUAUACUGCGCAUAGAGUCACUAACACAGUUUACAGAACAGUACGUAGAUUAUAUAAAUACAUAG